CAAAUGAUGACGCCUUUAAUAAGGGAGGGUUUGCAGACGAAAGGGUAUCAAUUAGUGGGGAGUCACUCUGCAGUAAAACGCUGUCGAUGGGUGUUGAGUAGCCUUCGUCGGCAGGGCGGUUGCUAUAAGCAUACCUUUUAUGGUAUUGAGAGUCAUCGGUGUAUGGAGUCGACAACCAGCGUGGCAUGUGCUAAUCGAUGUACAUUCUGUUGGCGUGGGAGUACUCAUCCGAACGCUCUUAAAUGGGGAUCCUUUGAG